UUUGUCUUGAACAUACAAACACCUGCCUGACAAAGGAUGAUGGAUAUUCCAGCAACGCAGAGACUUGAAUGAUUCACAGCGUUCUUUCUUUAGCAGCCCCCGAGGCCUACACACGUAAUCACACACACUUAAAAUAAACACGCUUUCUCAACUGACAGAAAACGACUGAUAGGAACACUACACAUACACUAUGCAGUAUUAUUUUCCCUCCGAGGAGAUCAUCAUUAAGCAACACACGAUCUUUGGCAUUGGUUCCACCAUGGUCACCUGGCAACGACAACACUCAUGAGCUCUGUGGAAGAUCGGCAGGCAGCAUACAACACAACAGGUUUAUAGAAGGAAAAAAACAUGGUGAAACAGACAAUUCAGAUAUUUGCUCGUAUCAAGCCCACUAAAAAAAACACCGCGGUGUACUCUGUCAACAGUGAAGAGCAGGCAAGCACGUUUUUGGAGUUUGUGGUGCCCAAGGACACGGCUGAUGGUUUUGUUAACAACAAGAGGGAGUGCUUUAAAUUCAGGUUCCAAAAGGUGUUUGAUCAGGCAACCAAACAGGAAAAUAUAUUUGAAGACAUCGCCAAACCCGUCGCAGACAGUGUAUUGGCAGGCUACAAUGGCACCAUCUUUGCCUAUGGCCAGACAGGCAGUGGGAAGACCUUUACCAUCACAGGAGGAGCAGAGCGCUUCAGCGACCGUGGCAUUAUUCCCCGUACACUUUCAUACCUCUAUGAGCGCUUCAGUCUGGACAGCAGUACUGUGUAUACGACACACAUCUCCUACCUGGAGAUUUACAAUGAAAUAGGUUAUGACCUUCUGGAUUCCAGACAAGAAGCAUCUCGAUUGGAGGACCUACCAAAAGUAAUUAUCAUGGAAGAUCCUGACCAGAACAUCCAUCUCAGGAAUCUUUCAUUGCAACAGUCUGCAAAUGAAGAGGAGGCUCUCAAUCUCUUGUUUUUGGGCGACACCAAUCGAAUGAUUGCAGAAACUCCUAUGAACCAGGCUUCCACACGUUCCCAUUGCAUUUUCACAGUGCACUUGUGUCGGCGUGAGCCAGGCUCUGAUACUCUGCGACGCUCCAAACUUCACCUGGUAGACCUUGCCGGGUCAGAUCGAGUUAGCAAAACAGGCCUAAAUGGGCAGUUGCUCACUGAAGCCAAAUACAUCAAUCUGUCCCUUCAUUACUUAGAGCAGGUGAUUAUUGCUCUAUCAGAGAGGAAUCGCUUCCAUAUUCCGUACAGAAACUCCAUGCUGACUUCUGUGCUGAGAGACAGUCUCGGAGGCAACUGUAUGACCACCAUGAUUGCCACUAUGGCGGUUGACAAGACUAAUCUAGAUGAAUCCAUCUCCACAUGUCGCUUUGCUCAGCGGGUGGCUAUCAUCAAGAACGAGGCCGUAUUGAAUGAAGAACUUGAUCCUGCCCUGUUGAUAGCUCGCCUGAAACAGGAGGUUCAAUCUCUAAAGGAGGAGCUGUCCAUGCUGACAGGAGAGGAGCGAGAUGGCCAGCUUGCCGUAGAGGAGAUCCAGAAGUUGGAGGAGUUGGUCAAGGCCUUUCUAGAUGAUCCUGGUCCAGACGUAACACUGUCUUUGGGGCCAGACAUGAGAAAAAUCCAGUACUGCUUCUCCCUGUUGAAGACAAUGAUUCUGGCCAGUCGAGUUGAAAGCUGCAGUAGUUGUGAUAUGCAGACAUCACCAGGAGUCAGACCAGAGGAAAAGGACUGUGAGCACCACAGUGAAGAAGAAGUUGCCAAACUAAAGGAACUGUUGAUGCAACGCAACAAUGAGAUCAGUAUCCUGGUUAGGCUUUUGAAGAAGGAGAAAAAAAGGGCAAAGGAUGCCAUAACUCAGCUCGCCAGUAUCAGCGACAGAGAGAAAGAUGGCACCACGAGUGAUUCCAGUUUAUCAGCAUUGCCACCAUUGAAGGAUGGAACCAAUGAACCUACCACAAAUGGUCCUGCAGGACGAGCUGUAGUGUACAUGAAAAGAGGGCCGCAGCUGUCAAUGGGUAAACAAGAGGCCUUUGAGACCUUUAUUACAGACCAUGAAGAACAUCUCAUCAUUGAAGACAACAGGAGUCUGCUCAAACAGAGGUCAGCAGAGGCCAGAAAACUUGGGGAACAACUUAAUGACGCCAAACAAAAAAUCAAUGACUUUAAGAAGCAGAUAGAAGUACGUCGGAGACAGAGAGCGGUUCAUGGUGUGACAGGAAAUCAUCAAAACAUUGUGGAGGACCUGGACCUAGUGGAGGAAAACCUGCGCAAAAAUAUUGAGCAAGAAAAAAAAAAUUACAAGAGCACUGUUGCACGUCUGAAAGCAUUGAAAACAGAGAUUGAGCACCUCCAGCUGUUGUUGGAGAGGGCAAAGGUCAAACUCCAGAAGGACUUCCAAAAGUGGUGGAAUGAGGAGGCUUCCAAAGUGCAGGAAACAGAAGCCAGAAGUCAAACGAUAUCUCCGUGUGGAACCUUACAGCCAUCCUCACCUUGUAGUCCGGGUUUUGAAUAUAUGCCAGCUAUACCUGGUGCGUGGGGCACUGUCAAACCUGACCCAAUCAGAGCCUGUUCCAGUUCUUCCGGUCAGAACUUUAGGAUUGUCAUUCCCGGUAGGAUGCCAGAGGAAGAAGUGUCUGAGGUCACACCUUCAUCAGAGUGGAGAGCCCUUUCCACAUCUUCACUGUCCCCUUCUUCUAUCCCACUGACUGGAGACCAACAGGCUGAUGCAGACAUCCUGGCCUUCAUCAGAGCCCGACAAAACCUCCUCAACAGGACAGGGAGCACACACAAACAACACAGAAGCUGACUUGUUUCACCUUAUCUAUUUUACAGUCAACACUGCCCUCUAGUGGUAUCAGGUAUGAGUCCCCACUAUAACCAAUGGAUGUAUUUUUUGUAUAUACAAUAUGCAGUCUGCAAUCUAGAGAUCAGAUUAUAUGUUUCUAAUAUAAAAUGUAGCUUAUUCUGGCAGGUCAGAUGGUGCAUGGAUUUCAAGCCGUGCACAUCUUUCUAACUUUGUUUCGUCGUUGCGCUUGUCCCCCGCACUGACCUUUGUGUAGCUGUUUGCUUUGGCAGAUGUUAAAGUGGAUUUGCAUGUCUUGUGGUACCAAAAAGGCUGAGCUUAUAUAAACAGAAAGAGUAGUGGCCCAGUGUCCAAGGACAUCAGGCAAAAACAAAACACAUUUAGGAAGACAUUUCAGCAAUGAUGUCAAUGGGCCUUUACAGUGCAUAUGUUGCCAUACCUGUACAAUGUACACAUAUUGUACAUUUUACACAGAUGAUCAAGAAGAAAGAAAAAACAACUGGAUCCCAACCAUAUUAAGAUCCUGUGCCAACACACAUCCUGCCAGAGAUGCUGCCUCUGUAAUAAUGAGCCGCAGCCUGGUAUAAAUCAAACUGUGUCAUCCAUUUGAUCUGAACAAAUGUUGUUUCCAGAGGUUUCCACUGUGUUUUUGACCAGAAAAGUGCAUUAGAAGCAAGUUGAAAAAAACAAAAACGAUACACCCCCCUUACGUUUUGGUCAAAAAUCACACAAUUCAAACUCUGGCAUUUUAUGCCAUUUUUGGGUGCUUCUUUGUCGUGAGUCAUCUUCUUCAAAGUUAAUAUGUGCUCAAACAUGAAUGCAUUUCAUUUUACUGUGCGGUUUUACUAUUUUACACGUGGCAAACUGUCAAAGACUGCAAAUAUAAAUAGUUAUAAAUAUAUGUGCAGUAGGAAAACUCUUUUUACAGCACCUUGCGAAGUAGGUACAUUACUGGAAAUACAUGAUCUCUAAUGUUCAUAACGAGAACAUCCCUUUUCUGUAAAUUACAACAACAAUAGUAAAAAUAAAUCGCUAUCAUUAGCUGACAGCCAACAUAACUAGUGCAUGUGUGCAUGUUACAUCAGGCAUAGUCAAACAGGACAAGGGUAGGCUAUGAUGCUAGCAGUACAUUUGAACAUGAGCACCCUGCAGGCAGGAGGAGGAAUCUGUUGCAAUCAGUCCCUUUAAGUCUGGCUCGAAACGCAGUCUUUGCAUAAGAGCAAGUCAUAAGCACUUCAUAAGAAAGUCCUUAUAGUGGCCUACAAGAAGAACUACACAACGUUUGUGCACCUCUGAGUGAACUGACAACACAAAGUUGUGCUAUUUAUCCUUUCACUUUACUGCAUUAAUGCAAAUUCCAUGCCACCAAUGCAGAUCCAUCCCACAUUGCUGUCUCAGGGCUUCUGACUAAUUCACUGCAUCUGUCAGCAUCUGCCGUUCAUCAAUCUGAACUAACCUGUCCCCUCAGAGCCAUUACUGAACACUCACCCCCAAAAGAAUGAACAACCACGUCCAACCUAUUUGCGUGGCUUUGCAUUGAUUUGUUUGACAGGUGACAAGCAGCUGCACAAUUUGCAUCCUGCCUUGCCUUGGAGACAGUCUUGAGUCUUCUUAAAGUAAAUCCAGGCAUCUGUUUAAUUCUUUUGAUUGCUUCCUUCAAAGCGCAAGUGUAGAAAUAUUGCAUAUAUGACGUAUACAUGACGUUAUCUGACAACAUGUAGUACAGUACUUCAGAUCAUACUGCAUGUCUGGAAGAAAUCACUUGCUAUGAAAUGUCCAUUUUGAUUUACCUUUAAAUUGCCAAAUGUGAUCCCUUGUCCUAAAGGCACCUAUCCUGAUCAAAUGCUUUACAUCAAUCAUAUUGUUUUAGUUUUUCAUAAACCAUGCCACUUAUCAGUCAGCAGAUCAGCAGGAAAUUAUCUUGUAAAAACAUGACAUUUGAAACAAAGUGUGAGGUAAUAUAGGAGAAUUACCACUAUUAAUACUAGUACAGUCAAUCACAAGUCAACAAGUUAUGAGAAUGACACAAAUAUUAAUUUUCACAAAGUCGACUGCUUCAAUUUUUAUGAUUACAAUUUGCAUAUACUCUAGAAUGUUAUGAAAAGUGAUAAG